UGACAAUAUACUUACAUUGUUCAGUCUCUCAUUUCCCUUCCUUUUAGAAUACGCAGCAAUAAACUCCAUGCUGGACCAGAUCAACUCCUGCUUGGAUCACCUGGAGGAGAAGAACGAUUAUCUACAUGCCUGCUUGAAAGAGCUGCUGGAGUCCAACCGCCAGACACGUCUGGAGUUCCAGCAGCAGAGCGAGCAGCAGAACAUGGAAGCUGAUGUGCAGGGAUCACAGCCUCCCAACUAG